GAGCGAGAUCGAUGAUCUGCAUUUAUUGGAAAAGAAGCAAAAGAAGGCGAAAAGUACAGUGGAGCUAAAGCCUAAACCGAGAUAAAUAGUCAGUUUCCCGAAUUGAGUUUGGCGAAUUUCUUUUGUGAGGAUGACUCCGUCUCCAAAGCCUAAUCCAAAGCAUAUUGUACAAGGAGAGCCACUCCCACCUCUGAAGAAGGGAGUUCCUCGUCUCUACAGUUACCGGUUUUGCCCCUUUGCUCAUAGAGCUCGUCUGGUGCUGGCUGCCAAGAAUGUUGACUAUGAAUUGGUCAACAUAAGCCUCACUAAGAAACCAGAAUGGUACUUCUCAAAGAAUCCCUUUGGAACUACCCCAUGCUUUGAACAUGAUGAGAAGAUUGUGAGAGAUUCUACCCUUGUCUGUGAAUACGUAAAUGAUGCUUACCCUGAUCAUGGCAACUUAUGGCCAAGUGAUCCAUACAGAAAGGCUCAGGAUAAGAUGCUUCUGGAUUACUUUGGGAGCAAGAUAAGUCCACCAUUCUUCAAGGCCACGUACCAUCCGCCGGAAUCCCCUACUGAAGACUAUCUAGCCAUCUAUCAGAAGGAGCUCUAUGUUCUUGAAGAUGAGCUCAAGAAAAGAGGCACUGCUUUCUUCUUUGGCAACAGGCCAGGAUUAGUUGAUUACAUCAUGUGGCCAUGGUUUGAAAGGUGGACUGUCUUUGGAGAAGAGUUCAAACGAGACAAUUAUCCUACGCUAAUGGGAUACUGUGCUCGAAUGAAAGAAGACCCGGCUGUGAUAGAAGCAUCUACCCCUGACGAAAUCUACCAAGAUCAGUUUAAGAGAUUGUUGGAGAAGAAUCCCCAGGAUGAUUACUAGGGACUGUCUUGUCUAUCAGCAUACAUCCUCAGGGGGCUCGCACACCUUAAGCCCUUCCCCCCUGGAUCCGCGCCUGAACUAUAUUUGUGUGUUUCAUUAUUUAAACAAUAUUAGGGCAUGUUUUAUACCCAUUUGACAAUCGUGACAGAGUGGUGCUUUUUUAUAGCAGUAUUCAAGAACAGAUAUGUAUCAUUUUUUGUAUCACCUCAGUCUGUAUAUAUUAGGUUACUAAACUGAUUAACUUAGCAUUCCAUUUUAUUUUAUCCUAUUUUUAAUAGAGCAGAAGGCUAUGUAUAACUGGUAGUUUUGUACUGAAUUGUUGAUCAUUUAAUGACUAGAUUAUAUAUGUGAACUUUAUUUUUUUACAGAUAUUUUUGUAAGUUAGCUCAAAGCAUUCAUUUCAGGAAUUAUUGAACUAAUAUCUAUUGCUUGAAGCAUGACUAUUCAGUUGCAGUGAACUUGUACACCCGUUUUCAUAUCACCUUGUUUCAUGUACCUAUGUACCCUUCAUAUUUCUCUCCUAUGAAUGACAGAGACCCAGAUAGUUUUUAUCGUUGAUUGAAUUGAUUGGAAACAAAAUCUGAGAUUUGUUAAUCUAUAUACGGGAGAUGUUCUUAAAUAGAUGGUAAAACCAUUUUUAUAUGGUUUAAAAGCACUGUUUGCAAGAGUUCUAUGAAUAGGCUGGAAAUAUUUCAAUAUUUUCACCUUCUGUUGGAAGCAUUUUCAUUUUAUUAAAAUUGAUUUAUGCUCCAUGAUACACAUGUGAUUGUUCCAUGAAACAGUCUGGUAAUAUUUAAUUGUCCAGAAAUUUUUAAAACCAAGUAUCCAAUGAAUUGAUUUUUUGCCAUUUGAAAGGAAUAUUUGUUUCAAAUCAAGUAUAAACAAAUGAAUAGUUGGGAUGUUGGCCGACUGUGUUCCCCUUCGAUUUAUAGGACACUGAUGUAUGUAUUCAAGGUUUUUUUUACUACAUUAUGUCUUUCACAUGUCCAAUAUAUUUAAUUGUGUAGCAACUUCUUUUGUGUACAAUUCCUUUUUGUUACCGAUAUGCUGGUAAAAGGUCAAGUCUACACCCAAAACCAGAUAAAUCUGUG